GUACAAGCAGUUAAGCUAUUGCCUACCUCUUGGUUGAAGUAAAAAUUUCCCGAAUUCGCGAAUCCAAUUUUCUUUCCUUCCCAAUUUCCCAUGCCGUACGACAAAUUCACCCUCUUCUCUCAUUUCCAUUCCAUGCCUUUGAUUUUCCCCAAGUGUCCUGCCCGCUCGGCCAGCAGGUGUCAUCAUCUCCGCCGAAGCAACUCCCACAGCUGAUACCUUAUAAGCCCACACCCCCACAAACCAUUUUUUCAAUCGAAACGGUCGACUUUCUCUGUUUCUCUCCCUUAUGAUUACUGCACCAUUACAGCUUGUUGGUUCUCUCCCAAACUCCUCCUUCAAUGCACUAGUAGAAAUUUCCAGUAUGCAUAUGUCCCUCAGUCUCAUCUUCUUGUCUUGUUUUACUCCUCAAGAGCUAGAAAAAAAUGUAGGAAAAUAUUGGAUGAGAAAACUCAUAUUCUGCAACCCAAGAUGGAACGAGAACAACCAGAAGAACCCACUUCAGAAUCUAAUCAUGAAGAUCACAUGACCCUGCACCAGUACUUGCUCUCAAAAGGAAAACCCAUUAUUCAUCACUGCUCUCCUUCUGAGGUUCUGAGAAGGUCCAAAAGAAACCGACAAUGCCCUGAAAUUUCUGAAAUUAACAAAGUAAUUGGCGAUAGGCACAAGAGAAGCAGAGACUUUCUCAAGUUAAUGCAACGUUCCCAUGUUACACAAGGGUUUUGGUUGGUAAGUCCCUGUCUAAGUAGGUUGAAAGAGCUAACAGGAUACCAGCUUUUAUGUUUGACUUUAUAUAUCCAAGUGCAGGGGCUUCCAGUAGAUUUUUGCAGAAAGCAUAUGCCAAAGCAUGAUAAAUUAGUCAUUUUGGAAGAUGAGAAUGGCAAAGAAUAUGAAGCAAGGUUCCUUGCAGCUAAAGUUGGACUUAGUGGGGGCUGGAAACCUUUUUCCAUUGCGCAAAAAUUGGUUGAGGGCGAUGUUGUCGUUUACCAUUUGGUGGGGGAUUGUAGAUUCAAGGUUUACAUUGUGAGAGCAACUAGUUUGGGUGAAGUGGAUGGAGCUCUUGGCCUCUUAAACUUAGAAAAUCAUCCCAGUGGAAGACACUCUGGUGGAGGAGGAGAAGGGACCAAAGGGACUGAUAUGAAAGGAGACGGUGCUAUCAUCUUGAAUGAUGCGGAGGGUUCUGGAAAAUCAAUAUCAUUUGUUAAUUUUCAAAGCUUCAACAUAAUUGCCAACAACCUCAUUUUGGACUCUGAGCUCCCCAAAUACGUUCGGUUGAAGUAUUAUGACCUCUGUUGUGCUCAAAAAUCAUAUCUGCAUGUUGGUCUCCUUAAGAGCAUUAGCUGCGCACUGGCCUCUGGAAUUAUAUCAGAGACGGUUAAAAUUGCAGAUGCAAUCAAAUCUUGCAAGAUUUUGACUCCUCAGGAAGAUUUUGCUCUCUGGGACAAGACAUUAGAAGGCUUUGAGCUACUAGGCAUGGAAGUUGGAUUUUUACGUGCUCGGCUUAACAAACUUGUAAAGCUUGCAAUGCGGUCAAGAAAGAUUCAGGAAUCAAAGAGGUACAAACAAGCCAGGAUUGAGCAUUAUUUUGUAACAGAAGAGGUCGAGACUCUUGAAAAGAAGCUUAAAGAGAAGCAUCAGCUCAGGUUACUUCAGCAGGUUUUCCCUGCUGCUGUGAGAAGGUCCAGUCGAGUCACAGAUAAGCCUCCCCCUAGUUACAAGGAAGCAAGUUUUCUCAUCAUUGAUUCAACCACCAAUUUGACACCAGCCAUUUGACAUGAAGAAGGUCACAUUUCAGAAGUCUGCACGAGGUCCUCUUUUUUUCCUUUUCCCAUUUUGGCGUUGUACAAGACCUGUGAUGUCAGUUGUAUCUAUUGUUUGAGGGUCCAGCAUCCUCUUCUGUCUCCACCCUCUGUCUGUCUAUUUUUUACAUUCUGCUUCACCUAUUCGCGGAUUUGCCCAAUUAUGAUGACAAUGUGAAGUUUAAUAUAUAUACUUUGGCAGGCAAAAAGAGGGCUCUUGGAACCGUACUGAUGCUCCGAUGCAGAAGAGGCUACUUUUUGGCUCACAAAAUGAAACUUUUUUUUGUGCAUAUUUUGUACAUAAACCCUGAAUCUGAAUGUAACAAAAAUAGUUCAACCGUUAUGCUUUCGGAAGAGAAGUAUAUAUACGUUGAGCCCUCUAAAUGGUGCUUUUCUUGUGAACCUUGAUGCUGCUGCACUUUGUAGCCUCUCUUUUAUAAUUCCUGAAGAUGUCGUUUACU